GGAAACACUUGACAAUGGUAAACCAUACUACAUGUCGUACAAUGUUGACGUUCCAAUGGCUAUCAAUAAUCUUCGCUAUUUUGCUGGAUGGGCCGAUAAAAAUCAUGGUAUGGUUGUACCAACUGAUGGAGAUUUUUUUGCCUACACCCGGCAUGAACCAGUUGGUGUUUGUGCUCAAAUUAUACCGUGGAAUUUUCCUAUUCUGAUGGUUGCUUGGAAAUUUGGGCCCGCACUAGCAACUGGAAAUACAAUAGUUUUGAAACCGGCAGAACAAACUAGUCUUACGGCUCUUUAUAUAGCUCAAUUAACCAAAGAAGCCGGUUUUCCAGCAGGUGUAGUGAAUGUUGUCCCAGGCUUCGGCGAUGCAGGAGAAGCACUGGUACAGCACCAUGAUGUGGAUAAAGUUGCAUUUACUGGAUCUACAGUAGUAGGUAAAAACAUACAGCAAGGAUCUGGUUUAAGCAACUUAAAGAGAACUACUUUGGAACUCGGAGGCAAGAGCCCAAAUAUAAUUUUAUCUGAUGCCGACGUGAAGCAUGCAGUUGAAACGUCCCAUUUUGGAUUGUUUUUUAAUAUGGGUCAGUGCUGCUGCGCAGGAUCCCGUACUUUUAUUGAAGACAAACUAUAUGAUGAAUUUGUUGAGCGCAGUGUCGAAAGAGCCAAUAAACGUGUCGUCGGUGACCCUUUCGAUGUAAUGACCGAGCAUGGACCACAAGUGGAUGCGGUGCAGUUUGAUAAAAUUUUGAGAAUGAUUGAAUCUGGAGAAAAACAAGGUGCAAAGAUAGUAGCUGGUGGAGAUAGAUAUGAAGGUCUUCCAGGAUAUUUCAUUCAACCAACUGUUUUUGCAAACGUAACAGACGACAUGAAAAUUGCUCGCGAAGAGAUAUUCGGUCCAGUUCAACAAUUGCUUCGAUUUAAGUCGUUAGAUGAGGUAAUAGAACGUGCAAACAACACAGAAUAUGGCUUAGCCGCUGCUGUUUUUUCCAAGGAUAUAGAUAAGAUCAAUUAUGUAGUUCAAGGGCUUCGAGCAGGUACAGUUUGGGUAAACAGUUAUAAUGUAUUAUCAGCGCAAGCACCAUUUGGUGGGUAUAAAUUCAUGAUUGUCCAUAGAGAAAAAUGUUGUACGAUUAGAAGCUGUGGAAUAUGGAAUUUGUUUAGGUUUAUCGCAAUAAAAUUAGUUCGAUUACGCACGAAAUAA